AUGAAAGCAGAAUCCAUCUCAACCCAAUGCCUCCUCGAACCCGUCAAUCUACAAGACGAAGAACAAUUCGCCGAGCUACAAAGACAACGCACAAUCUGCGGCUGGUUCUCCGACCCACAGACCCUCCAGAAAUGGAAACAAAAACAAGAAGAAAACCUCAAAGCCCUCUUCUGGAUUACCAUCCCGGAACCCAGCACCAGUGAUGACAAAAGCAUUCGCAUGCGCGCAGGCCACAUCGCCCUCGACGCAUACUGUGACCCGCCGCAGCCCGACCUCGCGCGCGCAGACAAGUCCGUGCUGACCAUAAGCUCGUUCUUCGUCCUGCCUGAAUAUCGCUCCUACGGGCUAGGGCGGCAUGCGAUGCGCUUGAUUGAGGAGAUGGCUGUCAUGGAGCCGUAUGGUAGCCCGCGCUGCCGAUUCAUUACGCUGAAUGCGCAGAGUAAACGGUAUGUGUAUGAUGAAGGGCCGGAGUGGCGGGGUGUUUUUGAGAGACUGGGCGUGUCGCCGCCGUCGUUCAGUAUUCAGGAGUGGUAUGAAAGCCUUGGCUAUGUUAGUUGGAAGGAAGAGCCGCUUUAUGAGCAGAGGACGCUGGAUGGGGAGGUGAUUAAGCUGUGGGAGGCGUUUAUGAGGAAGGAGGUGCAGUCGGAAUUUUCCGUCGAUCAAUAG